CAAGAUCACACAGUGGGUCCAGCCAACUGAUCCCGAUUCUGGCCCACUCGUACUUAAGCUCUCCCACUCCCGCUCUUCAUUGCUGCAUCUCAUACUCAAACACUUUCAUCCAACGUCUCUCUACAUCUACUGCACAUCCCCAUACACUACGAGUGUAUACACAUAUCAUACACACACAACCAACUCUCCUUCCAUCACAAUGACUGGACGCGGUAAGGGCGGCAAGGGUCUCGGCAAGGGCGGUGCCAAGCGUCACCGAAAGAUCUUGCGAGACAACAUCCAGGGUAUCACCAAGCCCGCUAUCCGACGUCUCGCUCGCCGAGGUGGUGUCAAGCGUAUUUCUGCCAUGAUCUACGAGGAGACCCGCGGUGUCCUGAAGACCUUCCUCGAGGGUGUCAUUCGUGACGCCGUCACAUACACCGAGCACGCCAAGCGCAAGACAGUCACAUCUCUCGAUGUCGUCUACGCCCUGAAGCGACAAGGCCGCACUCUUUACGGUUUCGGCGGUUAAGCGCACUCUGUUUUACAUGCUGUUACGAAUAUUUGCGGUCGACUGCUUGCUGUGCAGGACCAUGUAGGGUGUUUCAUGACGACAAAUGGGUCCGGUCUUGUUUUUUUGGGUGUUCUGUAUCAUAGGGAAACGGGGGAUUACAUUCGGGGAUAAUCGAACAUGCCCUCGAGGCGAUUUUGAUCAUCACAUCGUGCCAAUCCCUUGUAUCAUUGUGAACAUCUUGCUGUGCUAUUGUAAUUCGUUUGUGAACGCCGAUAGUGCCCGUGCGCUGAUCUGGUCGCGUCAUUGUCGGCGCGUCCAGGCUGCCGCGCGCUGUGUGUGUAAUUAUUGUUAUGUGCUAUAUUGUUGACGCGGGUGGGUGUCGUUGAGGCGCGUUGACGGGUAGUGUCCCUAACAAUGCUUCCAUGGACGCGUCUGAUUCCUCGCGUUUGGGAUAGUCGACGGCUAUUCAUGAAGUCCUGUCCAUCUUUAUACACCGAAUAUUGUCAGCGCGUACGCCGUGCAGCUUUUAGCUUAUACUGAGUUGAUGAGUAUAUUAUCAUAGAGCUUGUAGGAUAUAUUUGCAUCGAAGGAUGUGGUAAAGGCCCCAUCCAUGUGCAUGUUUCUCAAUGCUCGUGUUCUGGAAAAGGGUUGCACGCUUUCAUAUUGUGUCCUUGCCUCUCUCUCAUGAUAUUACGCGUUACAGCUUCCCAUUUAUACUAGCAUACAAACUUUGGCUUCUGGGGAGAAACGUUGGUCAAAGUCUUCAAGCGGAGCACCACUUAGACAUGGUGAAGCUGCAAAAAUCAUUUGACGGCUGGCUUCGCUAUAAAGCGCACGCUGAAAACGUCAGCACACACCCGUAUCAGCCCAAGAUGAAGCCUCUUUUAAAUUAAAUAAAUAUAAUGAUUACACUGUUGGUCUC